AUGACCUCAACAAACACCACUCCCACAACCUCCGCUUCCAUCCCCAUCCCCACCCGCAAACCAUUCCAUGGAUCUUGUCACUGCGGAUUAAUCCGCUUCGUGAUCUUCAUGACGCUCCCACCGCCCCUCAUCCACGCAAGCCCCACCUCCACCAGCACCAUCCGUCUCCGCAAAUGCAACUGCACCACCUGUCACAAGAUGGGACUUUUCCACAUCCGACUCCCCGAUGCCCCCAAUGAUUUCAUGCUUUUGAAUCCCACUGGUAUGCCGCAUGAAAAAGGCGGAUGGGAAGAUCAGGGUAUGAAAAGUUAUCGGUGUUUUGAUCAGGUGUCUGAUUGGUGGUUUUGUGGGACGUGUGGUGUGAGGCCUUUUGUUACGGGGUUGGAUUUGAAGGGGGGGGAGAUGAGGAAGGUGGAUUUGAGGGGGGUAGGGUUGGUGGAGGUUGGUGGGGAGGAGGUUGGGGUGGGGGAGAAGGAGGUUUGGAUGUGUUCGAGGGAGGGGAAAGGGGAGGAUGGGAAGAUGGUGGAGUGGGUGGAGGGGGAGACGGGCUAUUUGAGUGUUAAUGCUACGGCGUUGGAGGCGGGUCAGGAUGGGUGUGAUUUGAGGGAAUGGCAUGAGAAGGGAUGGAUUAGUUAUUUGGAUUGUUUGGAUCGGAAGGAGGAGAAUAGAUUGGGUAGGCCAUGGAGAGGUGGAAUGUAUUAA